AUGCUCAAGAACAAUAAACAUGAUGAUUAUAUUGGUAUUUAUCCAACUACACAAGAAUACCAGUUUUGGAUGUUGCAUCCAUAUGACAAGAAUGGCAAAGAAAUACUAUUUCAAGGAAUUAGAUAUUGUACUGGUGAUGACAAAUGUCAAUGUAGAAGAUGUAAAAAAAAUCGAAUAAAUCAAUGGCCUUAUGAACGAUCAUUGUCUGCAAAUCUUUUAUAUUUAACUGGUAUAAAUAUCGAUCAAAUUAGUUAUAAUGAGGUAUCCAAAUUUGAAGAAACGCUUAUCUCUGAUCAUUUAACCAAUAUUAGUCAAUUUUUGAAAUAUGCAACUGAAUUAUGUUUAUUAGCUGGUGAAAAUGGAAUUGAAAUACUACGUCAAUUCAAUAAUUGA